UUUCUCAACAACUGCAAAAAAAAAAAAGCAUGGUAGCGGCCGACGAGAAGAAAACGACACAAGCACCCGUGUCAGCGGAUGCUUUGGACGAUGGUUUCGAUUUGGAAGAAAUCUAUUCAGACAAUGAAGAGGUGGUAGCUGAAGAUGUCACGGGUACCAAGCGAAAAGCCCCUUCAUCGGCUGAAAAGAAAAAGAAUGACAAGAAAAAGAAGAAAAAGGCUAAAAUCUCGGAUGAUCCAUUUGGACAUAUGAAUAUCUGGACAGAACCAGUGUCCACUCAAUACCAAUACGUGCUGGAUCGUCAAAAGAAAGCGUUACCCGAUCUGUCUGCGGUGGAAUUGGAAGGCGAUCAAGCCCUUGUGGAAUCAGCAUUUGUCGAUAAUGAAAAGUUUACGCAGGAGCAUGUCCUGGAAGCGCUUCCCAACUAUAUCAAGUUUGGUGUAGCUCGUCACAAACGAUUGACAAAGGCCCCCACCGUGAAAGCCAGUCCUACUGCCCUUGUCAUUACCCAUGCCGCCGUCCGAGCGGUGGAUCUGGUUCGGGCUCUCAAGGAAUUCAGUACCACGGCCAAAAUCGCCAAACUGUUUGCGAAACAUUUAAAGGUGGAGGAACAGAUUCAGUUUCUUGAUAAGCAAGCGGUGCAUCUGGGUGUGGGGACGCCAAACCGUAUCAAGGCUCUGGUGGAAAGCGGGCAUCUGAAGCUGGACCAACUGGAACUGGUUGUCAUUGAUACCGAACGCAACGCCAAGAGAUUUAAUAUCUUUGACAACGAUUCGGUGCGGAAAGAUUUGUUCUCGUUCCUCGGUGAACACAUCGCCUCACGCAUGCAAAACGGUCAGACCAAAUUGGGAUUAUUCUAAAUUAUCAUAUACAAAGUUGAUUGACUUUGUCCACUUUUUUAUGCUCAUUCCGCGAUUUCUUUUUUCGUUUUAAUUUCAUAUUUUUUUUUUUUUUUUUUUUUU